CAAGCGGCGCUCUGACGUCGCGAGAGUAAUACACUAUAAUAACUCAUUAGAGAGAAGGGGGGAGUGAACUAUAACACCAAAACCCUGCGGAGGAGACCAGGUGGACGGAUAACAACCGCGGCUACUGUUGAGGAGAGGAGUCUUUUAUUUGGUUAACUUGAAAUCUAAGAGUGGAAAGACAACGAGGAAGUUCAAAGAAACGAUAUAUUUUAUUUAUUUAUUUAUUUAUCAAUUUAUUUGUUUAGGUUAUUUAUUUUAUUAUAUAUCCGAAGAUGAACCGAGUGACAAGAAGCAUGGGUACGAUCGAGGAAAUUCGACAGGAAGACAAAUCUGGGGACGGUUGCAGGAGACUGCGCCUGACGUUGCUCGACCAGAGUCCAUCGGUGAGGAGCCACGAGCAGCCAAGAGGGAAGCCAAUCGGAAGAGCCUUCGCCCUCGUCCAACCGGCCUACGAGAAUACCACUCUGACCUCUGAGCCAAUCAAACCUGUGGACGAGAAGGUUGAAGUGAUAAAGGUGUACCUGGAGGCCCGUAAGGAGGAGCAGCAGAGACACCAGGAGAACCUGAACAUGCUGUCGGAGGAGGUGUCUCAUAUCCAGGAGGUGAGAUACUGCCUGAAGAACCUACGUGAACAGAUGGCAUCCAAGACCAAAUUUUACUUCCCUGGACAGAAGAGCAGCAGCAGCACCGGCAGAAAGAGCAGCCCAGUCGAACACCAGGGCGGGGCCAGGAACGUCCGGCAGGAGGGGGAUGAAGGUGAAAGAGACAACAUGAGGGAGGUCAGCAGACGUCUGUACGCACAGCUUCAGGACGCUGAGAGGAAACACCAGGAGGAGAGAGAGAGGCUUCAGGCGGAGGGCAGGGAGCUGCAGCAGCGUCUGGGCGAACAGACGGACAGACUGAAGGAGGCGGAGGACGACGGGGAGAGGAGGGACAUGCGUAUCGAAGACCUGCAGAGGCUACUUGGAGGCAUGGAGCUGGAGAGCGCGUCCCUGAGGGACUCCAUCCGCGGCCGCGAGGAGGAGCUGCGCCACAUGAGGGAGGAGGGCCAGAGAGACGGGAGGAGGGCUGAGCAGUUAGAGAAAGAGGUGGCCACCCUGAAGGAGAAGAUACACCAUCUGGAUGACAUGCUGAAGUGCCAGCAGAGGAAAGUGCGACACAUGAUUGAGCAGCUCCAGAACUCCCGCAUGCUGAUCCAGGAGCGAGAGCGCGUCAUCAAACAGCUUGAGGAAAAGGUGGCGUUCCUGGAAGCAGAGAACCGGGAGAUGCAUGACCAGAUGGAUUACUUCCUGGGAGAGCAAAGGUCAAAUGCAUAUCUCUCAACAGAACGCAACCCCAGGAUAGUGUACAGCAAGCCCAUAAAGCCAACGACUUCAUCCAGCAAACCACUGCCGUUCAUGAAAAUCAUCGAGAUCAAUUCCUGAAUGCGGAGAGUUCAUCAAAAACAUGAAGAUCAGAUCCUGGAUGCAUAGGGUACUGAGUGAAGGAGAACCGAUGGGUUCCCAGCAGCUAACAAACGCCUAACAACCGAUAACACCCUCAACGCAGCUCACACUAGUGGGUUCCUGCCUGUAAUAUUACAACACCAGUACAUCCACCAAACACACACACUCAUGCUCUCUGGGAUACAUCGCAAGGAGAGAUUGAUUGGAAUAGGUACAAAAAAGGCAUAAUGUUGGUUCAGUGGUCUUCUGUUAAAUAUCUGUUCUGAAUUAAUGGUCUUGCAUUGGACUGAAUAUGUUUAUUUCAGUGUUCUCUUGAUUGAGACAUUUUUGUUGUUUUUGUGCGCAAAGAAUGAAGGAUAUGUUUAAGUAAGGAGCGUGAUGUGUCACUACAAAAGUACUUACAUUAAACAAUUUAACUGUUGCAUAUUGAAGUGCAGACUAACAUGUAGGCUAGGUACCUGGGGACAUGGGGCCUAGGCAGAUAUUGUAUUGUAUUUUUACACCAAUAACUCAAGCCAAUAUUUGUGUACAUGCAAGAUCCUCAACACGACAACUCCUAUUGUGAGGAACUAGCACCACUCGUAGGAGGAAGACGUGAUCGUCCAUGAAGUCCUUAUGCGUUAAGCUUACUAACCAUAGUCUUUAGCCUGAAUGAACCAUUUCACCAUUCGACCUGUCUCCAAUGUCUCCAAUACUGACUGGCUUAAAUGAUCGGGCUCACCAUUUUAUUAUUUUGAUAGACCCUUUUGAAGCCCAACGCAAGGCACUUUAUUGUAUUGUUAGUAGUAAGCAGAAAUAAAGAUCAAGACAUUGACGCGCUAAUUAUCACUUUUAGCAAGAACAUUUCCCCUACAAGUCAUAUUUUCAAUCAAAUUCCUGAAGUUUCCUAUCUGAGCUGAUGUAUUGUGUAUAUAUAUUUAGUUUUUAUUUAUGUGAUUUCACUUCAGACUUCUAACAAAUGUGACCGUGAGCAUUUUCUCUUUAUAAAUAUAUUUAUAGAAAAGACAGCUUUUGUAGUUUGUGAUAGGACAUUUUGGGUGCAUUCUCUUUUACUUGUCAUCUGUUUGAUAAAUUAAAAUUAAAAAAAAAUCCCCUUGGUCA